GUGGUCGCAUGGGUCCCACUUUUCUACGUGCCUUUUUGAAUAUCUCUGUCGUAAAGAUGUCUCACGAUCACCACAUGAACAGCUCCAUGUUGCCAACCAUGCAUCCUCCUGAACAUCAGCACUCAACGGCAGCCCCAGGACACGGUCAUGGAUCUGACAUGAUGAUGAUGGCAAUGACUUUCCACUUCAGCUAUGAGAAUGUGCCAUUGCUGUUUUCUGGACUUACAAUCAAUACUCCUGGAGAAAUGGCUGGUGCUUUUGUGGCUGUCUUCUUCCUGGCCAUGUUUUAUGAAGGCCUUAAGAUUGCCCGAGAGUGUCUGCUCCGUAAAUCCCAAGUCAGCAUUCGGUACAACUCCAUGCCAGUGCCAGGUCCCAAUGGCACUAUCUUGAUGGAGACGCACAAAACUGUUGGACAGCAAAUGCUGAGCUUCCCUCACCUCCUGCAGACUGUACUGCACAUCAUUCAAGUUGUGGUCAGUUACUUCCUCAUGCUGAUCUUCAUGACGUACAAUGGAUACCUCUGCAUAGCUGUGGCGGCAGGGGCAGGGACGGGCUAUUUCUUCUUCAGCUGGAAAAAGGCGGUUGUUGUGGAUAUCACGGAGCACUGCCAUUAACACUGGCUGCUGCCCAGAGGCCUCUCCAACCCACUGCUCUAUUGAAGUGCAGCCAUCACGAGGACUGGAUCAUUCCUAAGCUGAAAGAGAAACAAUACAAAGAAAAUCAACUGGAGUUCACCACAAGUUCCUAGCUGGGGUGUAGGGAUGUGAGGAGCUGGGGUAUGCUGCUCCCUCUUGCUGCAGGCUGGCAGCAGGGUUGACUCUUGAGGGUCCCAUGAUAGCCAUUCUUGGCUAGGAUUUGCUUUAUUCUUAGAUUAUGCCGUGAUUGAAAUUAGUUGGCUGACAGAAACGUAGAAAUUAUUCUUUUAAAAAAAUAUAUUUUUAAAUUGUAAAUGCUCAUCUGUGAGGGUUUUAUGAACAGUAGGUAAAGAUCAAAGUUGCCAAUGGAGCCUACAUGUGCAAAUGGCUAUUUUAAUUUUACUUUUUUUCAAUAUGUACAUAAUGCCAGGGGAGGAGAUCUCCCUGGCAUUGUGGCUUUUGGGGCCAAUGACACCUUCUGAUGCAGAAGGACUCAGCCUCUGAGGAAGAUUUGGUGCUGCACAUCAGACACGCUCAGGUACGUCCUGGCAAGGGAAUACUUUGACAGAAGUAUGUGACUUGUGCUUCAGGGGGCUCUAGAUGAGUCUGUCCUCCAAGCCCAUCAGAGUAUGAUGAGUGUUGUUAAUCUUCUGAUAUAUCCAGCAGCUUUAGUCAGCUUCAAGUGAUAACAUUUGAGUUUGGCUGCUUUCAGUUCCCAAUCACAGAAAUACACGGAGUAGACGCAGGACAACAAUUGUGUAUUCACAGGGCAAAAAGAUUUUAAAUAAACCAUUGAACCUGCAUUUACUUCAUGUUGAAUUGCACCUGGAUGGAUCUAGAGCUAGACUCUGGUUUACUAAAACUAGUUCUGUAAAUGAGGCAAGAGCUAAAUAAUGAUUUCAUGACACUAAAGGUUAAAAUGUCUGACGAGGGCAUUCCUUGAUUGAGAUGAAGGAAAUAAAACAACCGUGUUCCUGUAAAGGAGAGAUUUGGGGAAGGGAAGAAAGAAAAGAUAGGACUAGAGCAGCCUUCGGUCUCUUCUCAGGUGAAAGUUGGAGCAGCUUGGGCUGAUUAAAAAGUAUUCCUGACCCAGAUGACUCCUCUUUGUCUUAAUAAUCAUGCUGUGACCAUGUUAGCUUGGAGGUGCAAGAGUUAUCCAUGCCAGUGGUGGACAAGUGUUGUAGCGCAGUAAAGAACUUCCCAUUCAGUGCUGUGAGCUCUACACAUUUCAAGAUAGGCUGUGACACGGGCAAGAAUGGCUUCCUUCAUGCGUGAUGCCCAGAACAUGCAUUGGGUUUUCUAGAGAGCAGUUCUGGUUUAGCACUUUGUUAUUAAACUGCUUCUUGUUGUAGGGAACGUUGUGCAGAGUAUGGUGCAAAGCUGGAGUCUUCAGAAGGGCGCUGAAAAACAGGCACCGCUUUCAGACUGGGACUGAUGUCUGGAAUUUGCCAUGAGAACAGGGAAUCCUUUUGAGAUGAAGUGUCUGGGCACAUACAGUAGCAGUUUUUUCUCCAAAGAUGCUACUAGUUGCACUGUUAGAAG